AUGUCAUUGGAAGAACAAGCAAAUCUCGUCUCGUCUUCAUUGCAAUUACCGCCCUUGCUCACCGAGCAUCUUAAACUUCCACCAAGGACGACAGAAGCUACACUGCCAAAUGCAACCGAUAUUAUGAAUCGUCUGAGUAUUGCCAAUAUCCUCAAUAAUUCUCCGAGCAUUCCCCAAAUGCCAUUGAGUUUUGAAACACAGAAAAUGCUGCUUGAGAGACAAUUGGUUUGUCCGCCAAUGCCUUUCAUACAGUUGCCUGCCUUCAACGCGCUUCUUCAGCUCCCAAACAAUCCCAUUCAUAACCAAUACAUUUCACCAUUUGCGCAGAAGCCGCUUUUCGAGAACCCAUUGGAUUUGAGCAACAAGGCGAACGCACUUCUUCAGCAAUUUGCAAUGAAUGGCUUUAAACCGAUGGAAUUGCCGCCAAAGCCGCUCGACGAUUCGUCAUCACGCGCAAUCCGACGCAAUUACACCGCUGAAGAUCUGACACAGGCCGUCGAAGAUAUUCGUCGAGGAAAAUUAGGAACUAGAAGGGCAUCGGUCGUUUAUGGCAUUCCACGAUCAACUUUGCGUAACAAAAUUUACAAGCUUGAAGCGGAAGGAUCGUACUCGCCGCAAGCGAAGAGCAAGCGUGGAUGGACGAAAAGCACUACGGAGAAUAAUUUAAGCAAAAGCACUGCAAGUGACACUCCUUCUUCAUCUCCACUGAUUUCGCAGUCGCCUAGCAGUCCAGACAGCACAAAUAGUUUUCUUGAUGUAAACCCAGUGAAAGCGGAAUUGACGGCGGCCUCCGAAGAGGUGAAUGGCGGCGCGUGGAUUGAUGCGCUGUGGCAGAACUUGUUCAAAAAUCAGAACACUCAGAUGACGCCUGACGUGAUGGUGGUUCAGCAACCGAUCGCUAUCAAGCCGGAGAUAAAGCCACCACCGCCGCGCACCAGCAAUGAAGAGUGGAAAAGAAGUCGGCCCAAGAGGGGGCAGUACAGAAAAUAUGACAAGCAUGCAUUGGACGAGGCUGUCAAAAGUGUGCGGCGUGGCGAGAUGAGUGUUCACCGGGCCGGAAGCUACUACGGUGUUCCGCAUUCCACCUUGGAAUACAAGGUGAAGGAACGCAAUUUGAUGCGCAAAAAGAAGGAAAAUGCGCCUUCUGAAGAGCCGACAAGUUCAACAUUCAGCAGCGAGGAACUUCUAAAAGCGUUCAAUCCACUUCAUUUGAUUCCACUAAUCUCUCAAUAG